AAGGUCAAAUAAUCGGCUAUGUUUAUUGUACAAACCGAAAGUAAAUGAUAAUAACACAAAAUGGCUGCUAAAACAGUAGGUCUUCAGACUUCCGUAAAACAAAAACCUUCACAGUCCUCCAGAUUACUAGUAGCCGCUAUAGACUUCGGGACAACGUACUCGGGAUACGCCUACUCAUUCAAGGCAGAGUGGCCAAAAGUCAUCACCAAUACGUGGAAUGGCGGGGAACAACUCUCGUACAAGGCGCCAAGUGUACUUCUCCUUAACAAUGAUGAAUCAUUCAAUUCAUUUGGAUUUCAAGCUGAAAAAAAUUACGCCUCCAUCACUGCUGAUGAGGAAAAAGAUCCCGAGAAGUAUUUCUUUUUCCAACGAUUUAAGAUGAUAUUAAAAACAACGCUUGAAAAGAGAGUUCACCGGAGAACACAGUGCCUUGCUGAGAACGGUAAAUCAGUGGAUGCUAUGAAGGUUUUCACCUACUGCAUCAGUUAUAUGAAAGACCACUUGUUAGAGGAGUUAGCCAACCGCCUUAAGGACGAGAUAACUAUAGAAGACAUCGAUUUUGUUGUGACUGUGCCCGCCAUUUGGGAUGACACCGCUAAAAUGUUUAUGAGAGAGGCAGCAGAAAAGACUGGGAUAAAAAGAGAGCAGUUACACGUGGCCUUAGAACCAGAAGCAGCAUCAAUAUACUGUCAACUGAUGCAUCUAGAAUCAACAGAAAACAGCAGCUUCUUCUUGGCAGGAAAGGAAUCUGGUGCAAAAUACAUGGUCCUUGACCUUGGCGGUGGGACUGCAGAUAUCACUGUCCAUCAACUGAAGAAAGAUGGUACUUUAGCAGAGUUGGUCCCCGCAAGUGGGGGUGACUGGGGAGGAAUAUGUGUUGACAAGGCAUUCCAAAAGUUUUUGACUGAAUUGUUCGGUGAAGAUGUUAUGAAAAUGUUUAAAUCACAUCCAGAUUAUAUCGAAGAUUACUUUGACUUCUGGCAAACUUUUGAAAUAAAAAAAAGGAGUUUUGAUUUGAACAAACCCAAACAGGAAGAAAAGGAAAACGACAAAAGUAAAGAGGAGACUGAGAAAGACGAAAUGUUUCUCAUUCGGCUCCCUGUGGCACUUGCAGAAAUAGUGGGGAAACAAACUCAACGCGAUUUUAAGGUUAAUCGGUCCGAUGUUAUUUUUCAGGAAGUUAUUGAAAAAUCGUCAUUCAAAAAUGAUUUAAAAUGUGAACACGGAAAAUUGCAGAUGAAAUGUUCCUUUUUUAAACGUAUGUUUGACCCCACGGUAAAAAUGCUGUCUGACCAUUUAGCAAAGCUUCUCAAAACUAUAGAAGACGAUUUGAAAGUAAUAUUAAUGGUCGGAGGUUUUUCGGAGUGCAGUGUUGUCCAUAACGCUAUUAGAGCGAAAUUUCAAGAUAAGUGCAGAGUGGUCAUUCCUAAUCAGGCGGGCCUGGCAGUCCUUAAAGGAGCUGUCUAUUUCGGUCAUCAACCUGAUCUGAUAUCCGAACGUGUCGCACGAUAUACUUAUGGAAUUCAAGCAUGGCCGAAAUUCGAUAAAAGGCUACACUUGGAAUCAAAGAAAGUCGUCAUGGGUAAUGAACACAGGUGCAAAGACGCAUUUUUUAGAUUUGUUGCGAAAGGAGAAAGGAUCAAACCAGGGGAUAAAAGAUCGCAUCUAUUCCAGGCCCUAAAACCAGGGGAACCAUCUCUGGAAUGUGGCGUAUUUAUCUCCAACGAAGAAAGUCCUAAAUAUAUUGACGAGAAGGGAUGUAUCAAACUUGGAGAGCUGAGUGUUCCUCUUAGCUCUAAUGCAAAGGAAAUAGAAGAGUCUCUUAUAUUUGGGCACACGGAAUUGCUAGUAACAGCAUGCAACUGUCAAAACAAAAAGGAAUACAAAGUUACUUUUGAUUUGCUAUCCGAAAAAAUUAAUUUUCCAGAACAAUGAAAAAAAAAAUCACAAGACUACGUGUAAUAUCCAAUGCAGUCCCGCAGAGGUGUCGAAAAACUCAGUUUUACAGUGUUGGAAGCAUAUUUCCUUAUCUUGAUUUUUAUAAAAACAUUUCCAAAUGUCCAAAAAUUAAGAAAAGGUGAAUUUCGUAUAUUUGUCAAUUUGAAAUAGAACUACAAAAAUAACUGCAAAUAUUAGCAGUAUUCAGGUGGGUUUUUUUUUUUUAAUUGAAACAUGUUUUGUUCAAAAUUGCAUGUUGAAUUAAAUGAAUAAAAUUGAAAAUACAUUGUU